AAAGAUGGCGGCUGCUGAACUUUGUCGGAAGAGAGCGCUUGCAGCUCUCUGUUUGGGCCUUUUGCUCGGUGAAGACGAGGAAAGGCCUCGAAAACGAAAUCGGAAAAUUUACAUGCGACAAUGGAUUUCCCGGAGAGAGGAGAGAGGCGUUUUUCACCAGCUAAUUAGAGAGCUUGAAGUGGGGGAUGUCGUGCCGUACAAAGAGUUUUUCCGUAUGACGAAGGAGCAAUUUUCCUUUCUGUUGGGAAAAGUAUCCCCGCUGAUCCAAAAGAAAGAGCAGCCAUCACCCAUUAAUUCUGUCCGGGCGACAAUACAGCCAGAUGAACGCCUAGCUGUAACGCUACGGUAUUUGGCAACGGGAGAAACUUAUCAUUCCCUCGAGUACUCGUUCAGAAUUUCACGCCAAACAAUUUCUUCAAUCGUGUCAGAAACAAGCCGUGCCCUGUACAAGGUACUUGCUCCAGAAUAUCUAAAAGUACCAAACACAGAAAGGGAGUGGGACGCCGUGGCAGACAAAUUCGAGGCAAGAUGGAAUUUUCCGAAUGGUAUCGGCGCUAUAGACGGAAAACGUGUCAUAGUUCAGCAGCGAUCUAAUUCUGGCUCUCAUUAUUACGAUUACAAAGGGAACAACAGCAUUGUUCUCCUUGCUGUGUUUGGCCCUGACUACCAGUGCCUUUGGGCGAGUGCUGGAACAAAUGGUCGUUUUUUGAAUGGACAUACGAUGUGUCCCACAAACUACGAUAACCCUCCAGGUCUUUGUAUAGGGAAAAUGUUUGGCUCUCGGAAAGUUUCUGGUCUACUUCAACAGCCUCAAGCUCGUCUCCGUCCGCCAUGUUUGUUUUAA